AUGGGCAACACCUGCGGCUUCGGCCACAUCCGUGGCCUCCGUGGUGGCCUCUGCGCCGACGUCGACGUCGCCGAUCUGAUGCAGGCUGCUGGUUCAAACGCUGGACAUCUGAUGAGUGGUGGGGUACUUGCCAACAGAGUGGAGCGUUCUCAGUAUCAAAGCAACACCGAGGACAUUGACGAGUCGUCUGCGGAGGAGCUGCGCGACGCGACGAGCUAUGCGAAGGACAACGCGUUGCUGAUCCAGGUGCCGGUGUUAGGAACAACAACGAAGACAUUCUGGCGAUUAUCUGAUGAAGCCACUAGGAUCAGCAGAAAACUUGCAUUGAUACUGAGGAACUACCACUCAAAGUGCAAGUGCCUCACUGCUCCUCUGCAGGUGUCCAACGUCUGGGUUGGGAGCGCUGGUGAUGUCAAGCUUAGGGGGGCCAGAUUCACUACCAAAGGCUUCAGCAUUGAGCGUGUGAGGGAUGACUACAAGAACCUGUCCAGGGUGCUCAAGCAGUUGAUUAGUAUCUCCGGUGGGGAUAUCAACAAAUUGCCUCCGGACUACAGUGAAUUCCUCUUGCUCCUGACGAAGGACAACCUUACAACGGAAGAUGAGUUCUUGAUUGUAAACAAUGCUGCUCUGCUGCCCUUGAAAAACCGCACUGAGGUCUUCCUGAUGCUAUACGAUAGAAUUGUCAAGUAUCUUGGUAGAAAAAACCGAGCAAAGAGGAACAUAAUACUCUCCAGUCUCCCCUAUGAGAACGACUGGUUGGAUACUGCCACGUCAAAUACAAAGAUCAACCAGUGGGUUGUAAAAUCAGAUGUUCAAAAAAAAGAGUACAAAAGGACUGCACUUGAUCUACUGCGUCUCAACAGAAAUGUAAGAAGCCACUUGCAUGAGUACGGCCAUGAUGACGAUAUUGAGGAAAUUCUUUAUUGUGAAUGGCCCAUGCUGCUCAUCGCCAUGGAGAAACAAUUACACAUGGAAGGUGAGCUCCAAGACACUGACAUCAAAAACAAGUUCGGCUAG